AUUGCAGACUUCAUAGUUGAGACUGGAGGUGAUCUACCAGAUGAAGACGUUGGUAAAAGGAUGCACCGUCGCCCAUUACCACUCCGGGAGGAUGAACAAGAAGAUGUUGAAGCUCUUGAGAGAAGUAUUCAGGCUAGGUAUGCAAGAUCAAGUCAGACAGAAUAUGAUGAGGAGACAACUGAUGUGGAACAGCAAGCACUUUUGCCAUCAGUAAGAGUUCCAAAGCUGUGGAUGGUGAUAUGUGCGAUUGGUGGUGAACGGGAAACCGCGGUUUGCCUCAUGCAGAAAUACAUUGACAAUGGAUCUGAAUUGCAAAUCAGGUCUGUUACUUCCCUUGAUCACCUUAAAAACUAUAUCUAUAUUGAAGCAGACAAGGAAGCCCAUGUGAGAGAGGCUAUCAAAGGUCUGCGUAGUAUAUUUGGAGCAAAGAUUAUGCUUGUUCCAAUAAGAGAAAUGACUGAUGUUUUAUCAGUGGAAAGCAAAGCGAUUGAUCUUUCUAGAGAUACCUGGGUCAGAAUGAAGAUUGGGAAAUACAAGGGUGAUCUCGCUCAAGUAGUUGAUGUGGAUAACGUGCGACAGAGAGUCACUGUGAAAUUGAUCCCUAGGAUCGACUUACAGGCUCUUGCUAAUAAAUUGGAAGGAAGGGAAGUCCCAAAGAAGAAAGCUUUUGUCCCUCCUCGUUUUAUGAAUGUUGAUGAAGCUAGGGAACUUCAUAUUCGUGUGGAGCGCAGACAAGAUUCGAUCACCGGUGCUUACUUUGAGAAUAUUGGUGGUAUGUUGUUUAAAGAUGGGUUCUUGUACAAAACGGUGUCAAUGAGAUCUAUUAGUGCUCAGAACAUAAAACCAACAUUUGAUGAACUUGAAAAGUUUCGGACACCUAGCAAUAAUGGAGAAGGUGAUAUGGCUGGUUUAUCAACUUUGUUUGCGAAAAGAAAGAAAAACCAUUUCAUGAAGGGUGAUGCAGUUAUUGUUGUCAAGGGGGAUCUGAAAAAUUUAAAGGGAUGGGUUGAAAAGGUUGAGGAAGAGAAUGUCCAUAUCAGACCAGAAAUGAAAGGCCUUCCUAAAACUCUUGCUGUUAAUGAAAAAGAGCUAUGUAAGUACUUUGAGCCUGGGAAUCACGUGAAGGUUGUGUCUGGGACGAAGGAAAGUGCAACUGGUAUGGUUGUCAAGGUCGAGCGGCAUGUUCUCAUCAUUUUAUCUGAUACAACCAAAGAACAUAUCCGUGUUUUUGCUGAUGAUGUUGUUGAGAGCUCUGAAGUAACUACUGGUGUUACAAAAAUUGGGGAGUAUGAGCUUCAUGACCUUGUGCUACUAGAUAACAAUAGCUUUGGUGUAAUUAUACGUGUAGAAAGUGAAGCGUUUCAGGUUCUUAAGGGUGUUCCAGAACGACCAGAGGUUUCUCUUGUAAAAUUGAGGGAAAUCAAAUGUAAGCUUGAGAAGAAAUUUAAUGUGCAAGACAGAUAUAGGAAUAUUGUUUCUGUGAAAGACGUGGAUAGGAUCCUUGAGGGUCCUUUUAAAGGAAAACAAGGCCCUGUAGAGCACAUAUACAAAGGAGUCCUGUUUGUGUAUGAUCGACAUCACCUUGAGCAUGCUGGCUUUAUAUGUGCUAAAGCUGAUUCUUCUUGUAUAGUGGGAGGAUCACGUUCCAAUGGUAACAGAAAUGGCGAUUCUUUAUCGAGAUUUGGUAGCUUCAAGGCCCCACCACGUGUACCACCAUCACCAAGGAGAUUUUCUAGGGGAGGGCCUCCGUUUGAUUCUGGUGGGAGACACCGAGGUGGUAGAGGAGGACAUGAUGCUUUGAUUGGUACUACUGUGAAAAUUCGACAGGGCCCUUUUAAGGGUUAUCGUGGACGUGUUGAUAUUAAAGGUCAAUCAGUUCGAGUUGAGUUGGAGUCUCAAAUGAGGGUUGUUACAGUUGACCGCAAUUUUGUAUCUGAUAAUGUAGUUAUUUCAACACCCCACCGGGAUACAUCUCGAUAUGGUAUGGGAAGUGAGACACCUAUGCACCCUUCACGAACUCCUUUACAUCCAUACAUGACUCCUAUGAGAGAUCCCGGAGCUACACCAAUCCAUGAUGGCAUGAGAACACCUAUGCGUGACAGGGCAAGGAAUCCUUAUGCACCAAUGAGUCCGCCCAGGUUUAUUUGUCGAUUCCAUAUAUCUAGUGCAUCAUGGAUGGCAAACGGGUGGGUAUGGGGAUGGGGAGGGGGUAUGCGCACCCGACCCGCCCGUUUGCCAUCCUUAAUUGGGAAGAAGGAAAUCUGCCUCUUGGGAACCAGUCCACAGUAUCAGCCUGGAAGUCCGCCUUCAAGGGCAUAUGAAGCACCUACUCCCGGUUCAGGUUGGGGUAGUACUCCUGGUGGUAAUUACAGUGAGGCUGGAACACCAAGGGAUGGCAGUUCGGCAUAUGCCAAUGCUCCUAGUCCUUAUAUGCCAUCAACUCCCAGUGGGCAACCUAUGACACCAAAAUCGGGAUCCUAUAUUCCAGGUACACCUGGAGGGCAGCUGAUGACACCUGGAACUGUUGGUCUUGAUGUUAUGUCUCCUGUAAUAGGUGCUGACAAUGAAGGACCAUGGUUCAUGCCUGAUAUUUUGGUCAAUGUGCACAAAUCUGGAGAUGAGACUCUUGGAGUUAUCCAAGAGGUGCUUCAGGAUGGGUCAUGUAAGGUGGCCCUUGGAUCACAUGGCAACGGGGAUACCAUAACUGUGAUGGCUAGUGAGAUGGAAAUAGUGCCACCAAGGAAAUCGGACAAGAUCAAAAUCAUGGGUGGCUCACUUCGUGGUGUUACUGGUAAGUUAAUUGGUGUGGAUGGAACGGAUGGGAUUGUAAGGAUUGAUGACAGCCUUGAUGUCAAGAUUUUGGACUUGGUUAUACUAGCCAAAUUGCCCUAGUCAAAAUGCCCUCCCCCCCCCAAAAAAAAAAAGCAGUAAAAAAUG